AUGACCCAAACGGUCUCAGCCGUCUCAUGCUUAAUCCAUGCGGCGCAGCAGGACUAUCCUGCGCAUGUGCAGCAAGCUCAAGAAGAAUAUCUAGCGGAGACGGGAUGUUUUAUCGGCGAUAAGCACGCAGGAAGCGAGGAAUUGGCCAGUCCCGUGGGGACGGGGAGUGUGGCGACACCGCGAAGACCUUCUGGGGAUGGAGGUGGUUUUAGUGCUAGUAGUAUGCUAAGUAAUAACUUAGUGGCUGGUGGAGGUUCAUCAAGUUCAAGUGGAGCAAAUCUUCCCCCAUUACAGUUGCUGUCAUCUUCGAGCAAUGCAAAUGCGCACAAGACCCGCAACGUUCCUGGAACUACUCCGACCUCAAUAGCAGCAGCAAAUUCACCACGAAAAUCCAUCAUAGGAGGCCAAGACAGCGAUGCAUUGUGGGACCAUCAGUCUUGUCAAAAAACACCGCGGACGCCAGAAGAUUGUGCUGGCAAACUCACUGAGCAAGCUGGAGGAAUGACAGGAGACCGCAACAGUGUAGCAUUACGAGCGUCCACCUCAGUAGCGAGUCAGCAUAGUCAACAUGUACAUUUUGCAGAUGAGGAUGUUCAGAAAAAUGAAGCAGAUGAGAUAAGGGAAACAACUGCACUUCUUGUAGGUGUUGAUGGAGAAACGACGCCAAGCAAGUGUUUUGGAAUCAAGAAACAGGCUACAAAUCACGCCCUAGACCAAGAUCAGACAGAAACCCCCAGCAGCACACAAGGAGAAGCGACUACGCCAAAGACUGUGGUGAGGAGAGAACCCUCGAAAUUCAGCAUGUACGCGACGUAUAUGGCAGGAAUGUCGAGGAAGUCUAAGCGGUUGCAAGCUCUCGUCAACGACAAGAACACGGAGAGCAUUUUCCCCGCUCGACUGUUUUUUCCACUGAUGGGAUGGAUCGGAUUGCUAGUGGGUGAGCGUAUUCUGGCGAUCUCUGCGGAUAUGAGCAUGUCUUGGUGGAGCGCGGCAGACGACACUCCAGCAGCACCAGCAGGAGAAGUACCUCCAAUAUCUGUAUCCCC